AUGGCGGCGGGUCAGCCGCAGUUCCGCUACUCGCAACCGCCGUCGAAGGUGCUGCACGUGCGCAACCUGCCUUGGGAAGCCACGGAGGAAGAGUUAGCAGAGCUCUGCAAACCCUUCGGCCGCGUCGUCAACACCAAGACCAGCGUCGGCGCCAAUCGUAACCAGGCGUUCGUCGAAUUCGCGGAUCUGAACCAAGCCAUCGCCAUGGUAUCAUACUACGCGUCGUCAUCCGAGCCGGCGCAGGUUCGGGGGAAGGCGGUGUACCUGCAGUACUCGACGCGGCAGGAGAUCACCACCUCCAACAAGACCGGCGAUUCCACUUCCGGGAAUGUCCUGCUUGUGACUAUAGAGGGGGUUGAGGCUGGCGACGUGACUAUAGACGUGCUUCACCUGGUCUUCUCAGCAUUCGGAUUUGUCCAGAAGAUUGCAACCUUUGAGAAGAGUGCCGGCUUUCAGGCAUUGGUGCAGUACGGAGACCCGGAGACUGCCAAUAGCGCCAAGACCUCAUUGGACGGCAGGAGCAUUCCCAGCUACCUGCUCCCGGAGCACGUGCAGGCGUGCAGUCUGCGCAUCUCCUUCUCGGCCCACACGGACCUCAACGUCAAGUUUCAGAGCCACCGCAGCCGCGACUACACCAACCCCUACCUCCCCGUCUCCUCCUCCGCCACCGAUGCCGGCGUGCAGGUCUUCUCAGCAUACGGCGCGGUGCAGAAGAUUGCCAUCUUUGAGAAGAGUGCUGGAUUUCAGGCGCUUGUGCAGUUCCCAGACAUAGCAGCGGCCACAUCAGCCAAGGAUGCUCUGGAGGGCCACUGCAUCUACGAGGGGGGCUACUGCAAGCUGCGCAUCUCCUUCUCCCGCCACACUGAUCUUAACGUCAAGGCAAACAACGAUCGCAGCAGGGACUUCACUCGCCCAGACCUCCCCACAGUCGCCCCUAUCCCUGCUCCUUCCACCACUGCCACCACCACGGCCGGCAUUCUCUCUUCUACCAUCACCACCACCACUGCCACUGCCGCCGCCACCCCUAUCACCACGUCCUCUCCACCCAUCCUCUCCUCCUCCCCGUACUCCCCCGCUGCCCCUCUCGCCCCCUCUACCGCCCCACCUGUCCUCCCCACUCCCGGUGCCCCUGCUCCCUACUACCCCGCCUCCUCCCCUGCCGCCCCUCCCUCCUCUGCACCGCCCAUUCUCACCCACCACAACCGCCCAGCAGCCUUUCCUUCCACCCCUCCCAGAGGCCCCCCUCCCCAUGCUCCCUCUCCCCACGGCCCCCCUUUCCAGGGUCCCCCUCCCCCCCACUCCGGCCCUCCCCACGGUCCCCCUCCCCAUACUCCCCCUCCCUACAAUCGAGGUCCCCCUCCCGGUCCCCCUCCCCAUGGCACUCCCCCCAGAAACUUUCCCCCUAGCCCUUACGGUCCCCCCGGUCCCCCCCAAGGGUCCCCCCAAGGCCCCCCUUUCCGUGGCCCUCCCCCUCCCGGGCCUUACCCUCCCGGACCUCCUGGUGGGCCUCCUCCCGGACCAGGUGCUCCGGGGCCUGCCGGGCCUCCGUACGGACCUCCUAGGCCCGGUGGUCCACCCCCGGGCCAGUUUUACCCUCCCCCUGGUGGGCCUCCCCCAUAUGGCCCUCCCCGUGGUCCCCCUCCCCCCAUGCCUGGGCGUGGUCCCCCUCCCCCUAUGAUGGGGGGCCCCCCUCCCCCAGGUGGCCCUCCCCCUGGCCCUCCCCCCCCUGGGCGCCCCCCCCCACAGCCAUUCCCCCCAGGCGCUGGUCCCUCUCCCCCCGGCAUGGGGGGAGGCCCCCCUCCCCCUGGAAUGCCCCCUCCUCCAUACAUGGGGGGAGGGGGCCCUCCCCCUGGUCCCCCAGGUAUGCCUCCCCCUCCUGGCAUGGCAGGGGGCCCUCCCCCUCCUGGGUAUCCAGGGGGUCCGCCUCCCCCAGGUAUGCCUCCCCCUGGUGGCCCACCAGGCAUGCCUCCCCCGCCUGGAUAUGGUCCCCCUCCCCCUAGAUAUGGACCAGGGGGACCACCUCCCCCCGGCCGACGCGCCAUCUCGCACGCCAUGGCGCUGUGUUCGUGUCCCAAAGCGCUGACGAGCAAGGUCGUGUAUGCGGACGAGAAUUCCGGCCACGUGCACCUCUGCCUGCCGUUCUACGUCGACGUCUGCGGCGAGUGCCACCUCUCCCUAUAUCGCGGAUGCUGCUGCAGCGGCGCGCGCACGCUGCACAACCACCCCGCGGAGAUUCAGGAGCGGCGCGAGCUGAUGGCGAAGGUAAUGGCGGAGCUGACGGCGCGCGCGCAGAAGCGGCGGAAGAUGAAAGCGCGCGAGGCCAUCGCCAAGAUGCAGGCCGCUAAGGAGGCCAGAAUGCAACACGUGGACAAAGACGCGUUGAUGCGGGCUCUGUCGAAGGUCGACGAGUACCCGCCCACCAAGGCACACGCGCUUCACCCCCACGCGCCAAGGGAGGUCGUGACGCGCUGCUGGUCGCCUGCCAUGGAAUGCAGGGCGCAGCGCAUGCGCGUGCAGCAGCCACGUGCCGUGCACUGA